GUUUUAUUGUCGAAUCGAGAUACGAGCAACGAAAUUCUUCAUGUCAGAGUAAUUAACUAUACAUACCUGUCUACUUAAGCAUGAGUGGAAAUUUACAUAUAUUAUAACUUUCUGCGCCGACUCACUUGAAUUUAUUCACUGUUCUACUUAAAAAAAAUCGCGCCGUUUCCUUGGAAACACUUUGUCAUUAUAGGACAAAACUCUUCAAAAUAAAGUCAAACGAAAAAAGAAACCCCGAAAAAUUAAUAUACAAUUUUUCUUUUUCUUUUUGGUUUUGGGGGGAAAGGAAAAAUUAUUUCAGCAAAAAAAAAAAACAAACAAACAAAAUGUCUAUUAACACGACACCGAUUCUUUAUCUCAAUUUGGGAGGAGAGAUGUUAUAUAUUUUACGACAAAGAUUAAAAGCUCAGAGGAUCGAUGUCGAGAAAUCCAUUCAAGUUCUUGAUGACGUGACUCUUGCUUUAUUGGAUCCAAAAACACUUUCGUUAAUUUUCGAAAAAACCCCACUAAUGGGCAUUUCAUCGAUUCGAUCAAUUUUGGAGAGAGUGGUUCUCUGUUCAAUAAUGAAAUUAGAUGGGAAUAGUAUGAAUAAAUUAUUCGAAUUAAUGUACACAAUGGUGAAAUAUCAAUUGACAGUUGCCACUGGGCCAAGGGAAGUUGUUCUCAUUACGUUAAAUCACACAGAUGCAAUGAGAGAUAUGGUGUCUGAUGAAAAUGCUCACCAGUGCGUUAGUUUAGUCCAUCAAAUGAUUGUUGACUUAUAUUCGAAUUUAACGUACGAGGAAAUUUGGAAAGUGAGAAACGAAUGUUUGGAUGUUCUCAAGUCAAUAAAUGUAAGAAUGACAAUUCUCUUGAGACUUGGUCUUCAAAAUGAAAAUGCAACAUUCAACGUUGGAAAACAAACUUACAACGAACGGUACGACAAACAAGAAGCAAAAAUUGCCCACUUAAAAUUGACAGAUGUCAAUUGUGAUAAAUACACAUUUGGCUCUUUCAAUCUCUUUGGAGAUCGAAUUACUUUAUUGGGAAGAAAUAUAUAUUCGCCAACUUAUGGAAAUAUUCCGAAACCAUGUCUAAAGCGAAACAGUCGACAAGUAUUGGUUGACAGUCGACAAUUAUUAAAAACCGACUCUGGAUGUAAAGCAGAACUUGGAAUGCUUGCCUUACAAUUGGGAACUGAAGAAACCACCUACGAACGUCCCUUUAGCUUAAAUCUCUACAUAAGUGACGAGAAUAUGAAUUCCCACACUGAUCAAAAUCACAAGGAGCUAAAAGCAAACGAAGAGGAAAUUCAAAUCGAAAACAACGCCAGUAUUGAUAAAGAAUACAAAAAUGAAUUGGAAAAUUUAUGUGACUUACAAGAUGAAUCGACGAAUAUCAAACAAAGUAUGGACCUACUCAAACUUCUCGAUGAAGUUUAAAAAAAACUUUAUUUUUCUCCCCCUCUCAAAAAUCAUUCAAUUCUUUUUUAAUUAGACUUCUAGAUUUUUUUCCAAAACUCAUAAUUUCGUAAAAAAAAUAAUUACCUGAUAAUUUCCUUUCUCCCCCUCUCAUUCUUUCUUAAUUAGAUUUCUAGAUUUUUUUCCAAAACUCAUAAUUUCGUAAAAAAAAAAUAAUUACCUGAUAAUUUCCUUUCUUUCCUGUUCGAUAAUGUGCAUUAAA